AUGGUUUAUGGGACAACUUUGCGGUUGCCGAGCGAUUUCCUGGAACAAGGUAACAAUGAUAAAAUCCCAGAACAUGAAUUCGUGGAAAACAUGAAACAGAUGAUGUCUCAAAUACGAUCAGUUCCUACAUCAAAUCACUCAAAUGAAAAGGUAUUCUUACAGAAGGAACUGCAACAUGCUACUCACGUGUUUUUAAGGGAUGAUAGUGUCCGUCCACCAUUAAAAACACCGUACGAUGGGCCAUUUAAGGUUGUGAGGCGUUCAGACAAGACGUAUGAUCUUCUAAUCAAAGGAAAACCGGUGCGGGUGAGUGUUGAUCGGGUAAAGGCAGCAUUUUUAUCAAGUGAGAAUGAAGACGUAAGCCCAUCACGUACAGAAAAUAUGGCAGAUACUCGAAUGGAUACCAAACCUAGUAUUGUAACACGAAAGGGACGAUUAGUGCAGGUUCCAAGAAGAUAUGUUAAAUUUGACUUAACGUGA